AUGUCAGCGUUAACCCCUCCCGAUCGCCAAUGGUGGAAAGAAGCAGUUGUCUACCAAAUCUACCCAGCUAGCUUUCUUGACUCCAACGGCGACGGGCUAGGCGACUUGCCUGGCAUUAUCUCAAAGCUUGACUAUAUUCGUUCAGUAGGCGCUACAGCUAUUUGGCUGUCGCCCAUUUUCAAGAGUCCUCAGCAUGAUAUGGGCUAUGACGUCUCAGACUAUCGCGAUAUUCAUCGCCCUUACGGUACGAUUGGAGAUGUUGACGCGUUGAUCUCUGGGUGUCAUGAGCGGGGCAUCAAGGUGCUACUUGACCUCGUGGUGAAUCAUACUAGCCAUGAGCAUGAAUGGUUCAAAGAGUCGCGCUCUUCAAAAACGUCACCGAAGCGAGAUUGGUAUUUCUGGCGCGAUCCAAAGUUUGACGCUGAUGGAAAUCGCAAACCGCCUAACAACUGGGCUUCCAUCUUUGGUGGUAGUGCCUGGACAUAUGAUGAGACGACAGAGCAAUACUAUCUCUCCCUCUUCCUCCCCGAGCAGCCUGAUCUCAACUGGGCAAAUGAAGACAUGCGCGAAGCAACAUACGACGAUAUGAAGUUCUGGCUCGACAAAGGCGCCGAUGGCUUCCGCAUUGAUUCGAUGAACCUCAUGUCCAAGCACCCCGAUCUUCCCGACGCACCUAUUACCCGACCAGACGCCGAGUUUCAACCAGGCGAUAAGUACUUCGCCAGUGGUCCGCGUAUGCACGAGUAUAUAAGGGAGAUGAGAGAGAAGGUCAUCGACAAGUACGAUUGUAUGACUGUUGGUGAAUUAGGCUUCACAAAAGAUGAAGACAGUGUCGCUAGUUAUGUUGCCAAGGACAGGCAUGAGUUGAACAUGUUGUUCACGGGAGAUAUUGUUGACAUGGACUUUGGUCCCAAUCACAAGUACGAACGCGAUGACUUCAGGUUGUCCAAGCUCAAGACAAUUACGAGUCGUUGGCAAGGAGCUAUGCCGAAGUUUGACGGCUGGAACUCUGUUUAUAUGGACAAUCACGACUCUGGACGGCCUCUAUCACGCUAUGGAUCGGACAAGCCCCAGUUCCGAAAGGAGGCUGCUAAGAUGCUCGCGAUUUAUCUCAGUACACUCAGUGGAACUCUGUUUCUGCUCCAAGGUCAAGAAAUUGGCAUGGCUAAUGUGCCUGAGUCGUGGAAGAUCGAGGAUUACAUUGAUGUCGAGGGGUUGAACUAUUACAACAGCGUGCUCAAGAAGAGAGGUCCUGGAGCUGAUAUGUCAGACGUCAUGAGAGAAAUGCGCCUCAAGGCCAGAGAUAACGGUCGAUUGCCCAUGCAAUGGACCGCCGACACCAACGGAGGCUUUACCACCAACGACAAGCCCUGGAUGCGCGUCAACGACGACUAUGACACCUGGAACGUUGCUCAGCAAGAAAAAGAUGAUGAUAGCGUGUUAGCUUUCUACAGACAGGUUCUUGAGCUGCGCCAGAAGGAAAAGGAUGUUUUUGUUUAUGGACGGUUUGACAUUUUGGAUGAGUACAAGGAUAGUGAGGACGUGUUUGCGUAUACGAUGACGAGCUAUGAUGGGAGGAAGGCACUUAUUUUGUUGAGUUUCUCGGAGGAGGAGCAAAAGGUUGAGGUUAAGGGGGACUGGGGGAGGAGGUUGCUAGGAGGGAAUCUUGAUGCUUUUGAGGGUGGCAUUGUUUUGAAGGGUUAUGAGGGUGUGGUAUAUGCUGGAUGGUGA